UGAUAGACGUCCCAUACUCAGAGGGACAGGAAGGAACAGGCUGUACUGCUCCAUAAAGCUCAUUUACCACUGUGUUUUCUGCCCUUCAUCGGCAUCAGCACUUCGCCUGAUCUCUUCACAGGUGACAUACAAUGAACGAUAUCUAUAAAGCAGCGGCAGAGCAGCUCACCGAUGAGCAGAAGAAUGAGUUCCGAGCAGCAUUUGAUAUUUUUGUUCAGGAUGCUGAGGAUGGAUGCAUCAGCACUAAGGAGCUCGGGAAGGUGAUGAGGAUGCUGGGCCAAAACCCCACACCGGAGGAACUCCAGGAGAUGAUUGAUGAGGUGGAUGAGGACGGCAGUGGUACGGUGGAUUUCGAGGAGUUUUUGGUCAUGAUGGUGAGGUGCAUGAAAGAUGAUAGCAAAGGAAAGUCAGAGGAAGAACUUGCAGAACUCUUCCGUAUGUUUGAUAAGAAUGCAGAUGGUUACAUUGAUCUUGAUGAACUGAAGAUGAUGCUGGAAGCUACAGGUGAAACCAUAACUGAAGAUGACAUUGAGGAGCUAAUGAGGGAUGGAGACAAAAACAAUGAUGGGAAAAUUGAUUAUGAUGAGUUCUUGGAGUUCAUGAAAGGGGUGGAAUAAAUGACAAAGAAAUGUCUUCCUGGUGUUUCUCCCUGGACUGUCUGAACAGAAAGGCAGAGUAAAUAUUCAAGCUUGAUGAGAGAGAUCAACAGAGCGUCUAUCAGAUAUAUACUUUUUUUUUAGCACAAUAUUUUCAGAUUAAAUUAUUUUACACGUGUG